UGAAUAUGUACUGUAUUCUGUGAAAAAAUGGAACCCUUUCAAUACAGGAACGACUACUAGUAUUUAAAUUUGACUUAAUCAUGUUAUACAUUCCUACUGAACUACAGAAACAGGCUGUUUAACAUAUGUUUUUAGAUUUAAACAUGGAGAGAAAGAGGCCAAUAUUUGAGCUGAAAAAACAAUGGGAGGAGAACAAGGACCUAAAAGCUGUUAUUGUUGACAUGUCAAAAGAUGGCAGUCCAGAUCAAGCAAUAAACCCAGAUCUUGAAGAUGAUGUUAAGCGAUGGUUAAUCACCGGGCUAGCCUUGCAUAAUGUCAUUUCACCUGCCCUCAGACCGUUCGUGGAACAUAUUGCACUGAAGGAAUACGCGAAGUACCAGGCGUCAGACAAUAUACAUGCACAGACGUUUUUGAACUAUCUCAAGGAUUACCCGCCAACAAAGAAGAAACUCAACUACGAGAAUAUCAACAACAAUGUUCAGCACAGAAAGGAUUUUAAGAAAUACGACUUUCAAGUGCAACAUGCAGCGGAUUUUUCAAAGUUAUUUCUACAGACACAUUUAGCGCAUUACAGUGGAUUUGAUGACUCAUGCGACUCGAGCGCCUUGCUCGCCAUUAUUGGAAACAUGGACGGAUUUUCAACAAUCUUUAAGAAAGCGGCAGAUGAGCUCCGGAAAGACGUACGAAACCCUUGGGCACAUGCAAACUUUGAUGAGUGGGACGUUUUGAAGUACCAAAGUGCUUUUCAGAUCAUGCAUAAAGUGGUAAAGAAUAUGCAACUCUCUGUGGCAGAGACAGCUAAAGUGGUAGCCGAUUUGACAUUAUGGGAAACGAACGGAAUUCAUUUCCUGUCUGGGACAACACUUGGGAUAGAUAUUUUGACAUGUUUCAACGAAAAGACGAAAGCUCUUGCUAAAUACAUCAUCGGAUUGGAGACAAUGACUUAUGAAAACUGUGAAGCUUGCAGUAAUGCCCUCGAUAAAAUAACAGUCAGACUGGAUAAUACAUUUCGUUCACUGGAAUCAAAUCAAAAGGCACUUCUGAAAAAGACCAGUUUCCUUGCUGCAAAAGUAGAACAUAAUUCAGAAAAUAUUGCUGAAUUGCGUUCCGAAAUAAACGAAACAACAGAACGCGUUGCUUGCACAGAGAUUAAAUUGUCCGAUGCAACAGAAAACAUACAAACUGUAAAGGAUGACCUUGAAACGUUGAAAGAUAAGGUGUUUACAAAUAAACUUCGUGUUGGUGAUACAGGAAAAAAAGAGACAGACACAACAAAAGGAAUCACGCCAUUUUUCAAUGUUCCAAAUCGACUAUAUGAUUUUACAGGUCGAGCCGCUGAAAAAGAGACUCUUGCUAGACGUUUUCAGUCUAAAGGUGCCGUCUCUUGUAUGCAAAUUAUAUGCGGUCUUGGGGGAACAGGAAAAACAUCUUUGGCAGUUGAAUACGCAUGGGAAUAUGCCAACUACUACCAAAAACAUGUUUUCUCCAUCAACGCAGAAUGCGAGGAAACCUUUUGCAAUGCGAUCCAAUGUUUAGCUUUUGAUAUAGAAACAGUUGGGAAAAAUGUAAAGGAAACCUUGUACAAAACGACAAAAUGGCUAACAUCGUUGAAACAUAGAUGGUUACUCCUCAUUGAUAAUAUGGAUACCGAUGAUAUAAGUGGUGUUUUAAAAGAGUUUCUAUUUGAUGCCCGCAUUCGCAAUUCAAACGCACACAUCAUAAUAACGUCUCGCCGUAAUGCUGACGAUGCUGAGGAAACAUUUCAAGUUGAAAAGGACGACUGCUUAUCUCUUGACGUGUUCACGCAAGAAGAAAGCAUUCUCCUUUUGGAAAAACGAACCGCGCUGAACGUUGAUGACGACGCGGAAUCAGUCAUUGGGAUCGUGAAUGAAUUAGGUCGACAUCCAUUGGCACUGAAGCAAGCAGCGAUUUAUAUAAGAGGUCUAAAAAAACAUGGGUGUUCAUAUCGAACGUACUUUGAAAAACUUAAACAUAAACGUUUGAAUGUUUUAAAGAGGCUUGAAGGUACUAAGCAAGAUUAUCGUUUGGCUGUGCAGACAACAUGGGAGAUAAACUUUGAAUACAUUGCAAAUCACUCUGAUGAAUUUGGAUUGAAAGAAACGACAAUGAAAUUUCUUUGGGCGUCAUCAUUUUUACACGGCGAUGAUAUUCCGAAAGAGCUGAUUGAUGUCCUCAUGUCAUCAAAAGGAGAUCCUAAUAGCACAGAAGAUGCAGAAUAUGAUAUUGAUGCAAUGCAAAUUAUGGAAACACUGUCAAGGUUUUCUCUUUUUCAAACACAGAAAAGUGAAAACGGUUUGUCUGUGCAUCGUCUGGUUCAAGAUAUUGUUCGCGAAAAGCUAAAACGAGAUAAUGAGGAAGAAAAUAUUGUUAUAUUUACAGCAAACAUCGUCUGUAAAGCUUUUGAAAAAUGUGCAAAGCCUGUGGAAGUUUUGCAGCAAUGUUCCGAAACAGAAACGCUCAAAAGAGGCACUCUUCAUCUUUGGCAUAGAUUAGCCAAUCAUGCAAAUGAGGUGAAGAGGCAUAUUCUAAACAUAUUUAGAAACAAUGAACAAUUCAAAAACGUUGUAUUCAGGGAGGAGACGGCGAUACUUUUACACAACAGCGCUGUGUAUCAUAGUCUUUAUCAAAGACAUAACGAGGCAUUAGCUGACCAAGACCUAAUGGUGAAGAUAAUUUCAUCUUCUACUGACAUAUCAAUCGAUGUAUGCCGAAAACUUUCUUCGAUACGAAUUCCACUUAUGCCGAAAGACAAAAAUAAGAUCGAAAAUGCGAUCGCGACGGGAUUAGAUGUGUCACUUGAAUGCAAGACGGGACUAAGCGAAGCAGACAGUACGAAAUUAAAUGAUAUAGGAAACGAUGCGUUCAAAAAAGGUCAACAUCACGAUGCUAUUCGAAUAUAUUCGGAGGUAAUACGUGGUUCAAUGGAUGAUGAGCAAGUCACACGAGCGUAUGCAAACAGGAGUGCCGCCAACCUUAAUAUCAUGGACUUCCAUAAAGCUUUAGACGAUGCCAAUGCAUGCAUCGAAAGAGACAGAAAAUACUGGAAAGCAUAUUGCAGGAAGGCAUUAGCAAUUUCAAACCUCAUCAAACUGAAACAAAUUCCUGCAGAAUUCGAAUCAAUUGGUUUAGCUGCGGCUGCAAGUGCUGGAGUUUUGAAUCAAGGCUGUUUGAAUUUACAAGCAAUGAGAAUAGAAUAUCCAGUGAUACGAUACAAAGUCAUUGAAAAUUUAAACAUGCUGGGGGAAGAAAUGGCCUCGUUGGAGAAUAUGUCGUUCACAACACUGCUUCUCAAGACAGGAAUCUACAACUUUGGAAAACAUUUUCCAACAAAAAGCGUACAGAUAAUAGGAAUUGAGCAAGAUGUAAAACUAACUUCACCUUUUACAAUUCCCUUGUUUUGGCCAGCUGGUACCUCAUUUAAAUCAUUCGGUUACAUCAAGCCAGCAAGCAUUUACGUGCAUUUCGAAAAUGUCGAAUUCGGAUCCGAAAGUGCUGAAGUAUGUGUUGGUCAGUUAGUUACGGCAACAUUUGUGAGUUGUAGAUUUUCGAACGGCGUUAAGGCGUGUGAAGCAUUUCCAAACUGUGAUGGUAAAGUCGGUUGUAGAAACACUAAUAAAACAGAAUGUGUGUAUAUGUUUAAACUCAAUGAGGUUGAUAUAGUCUCUUCGGGUAAGUCAGGAUCACCUGGAAUUGUAGUUAUGAAUGGUGGCAAAACCAUACUUCAAAAAUGUACGAUAAACAGAUGUGGAGGUGGUGGUACGCUUUGUGAUGGAAUAGAUUCAUUUAUGAAGAUUGAAAACUGUACAAUUGAAAAUAACCGUCAAGCUGGAAUUGAGUCGAGAAACGGAGGGAAAGUCGAGGUUGACAAAUGUAUAAUACGCGGCAACCAGCUUCAUGGUGUAGCGAUCGGUCCGAAAGCAAUCGGUGAAAUACGAAAUUCAGACAUUCGUAACAAUGGAUCUGAAGGCAUUUGGUUGGGAGGAGCAGAAGAAUAUGUGGACAAACUCCGUCUCAUUGCCACAACGAAUUCGGAAAAUGGGUCAAGUGCAAAGAUAACGGGAAAUUCGAUACACAGUAAUGGACAGUCAGGCAUAUCUUUGAGCGGCGGUUCAUAUUUGAUCGAAAGUAAUAGAAUUUCAAAUAAUUGGAUGUGGGGAAUACUACUCCAAACACGAUCUAGUGCAUUUAUCACAAAAAACGACGUUUUCGGAAAUAAAUGUGGCGGCGUUUACAUAGGAGUCAACUUUUCGGCAGUUGUAACAUUAGAUGGAAACACAAUUCGAGAUCAUAGCGGACCAAGUUUACGUGCAUUACGUCAUGAUUUCGAAAACAUACAUCUAAACACGAAAGCGAACUCAAAAACCGUCAAACAGCUUAAAUCAGAAGGUAUGAUAGAUGACGAGUCAACGAAAUUUUCUAACCCGCCAAUUUUGACGUCUAGAAACGUUAUGAGGGACAACGAUACGGGAUGUCAGAACCCACAAGAAGUCUUCAAAGAGGCAGGUUCUUGUUCUUAUUGCCAAAUUACAAAUGUGCCAUUAAAACAAUGCAGCAGUUGUAAGAAAAUAGCAUACUGUGGUAGAGAAUGUCAAUCAGCGCACUGGAAAAAACAUAAACCCAUUUGUCAAAUUAUUGUCAAAAAUUACACAGUGCGUAUCACAAUGAAGGACACAGAAGAUACUAAAGAUGUUCAUGGAUGGAACAGAUAUUCAAAACAGGAGAUGUUGCGCCUUCGAUACGAUUCACAUUUACCGGGUAUCGGGGAGGGUCGUUCCCCGGAUAGAAAUUCAACUAAACGAUUUAUUGUGAAGAUACAGUCAGGGAGAGAAUACAAAGCGUAUGACCCUAAAACCAAGCUCAUGCUUUACGAUCAAAGCGUUUCGUUGGAUAUUCUGGUUCGAGAUUCAAAACUGUAUCAUUUAGUAAAUGAAUGCGGUGUUCUUGCUGCAACACAAUUUACAACGAAGAAGAUAUUCUGUUGGGCAUCGUUCCAAGACCAGGGGGGAAUUCUGUGCAUUGACACAAGUGAAUUACCUCCGUGGCAGACCUGGUAAAUUAUGGUUUGGGUCUGAGGUCGUGAUAAACGUCACGAACAAUACAUGCAAUUUCACAAAGAGCACAAUUACAGGUAUUUUUGUUUAAAUGAGUAAAACAAAGUCAUUAUUUAACCUACCGGGUAAUAAUUAUCAGUCGGUUACCGACGGAAACAAUCGAUAAAAAAGAUUUCAAUAUAAAACAUUUACAGGUUUGUUUAAAAAACAUUGUAUAAACGAACAUACUUAUCAUAAUGUUCUGUAUGCGUGAAUAUCAUAUACCAGUGAACAAUGAAUAUUUGAUGUAUCAAACUAUCUGCUGGAGGAUUUUGUAAUCAGAAAAGAGUUUUUGUCAAGCAAUUAAAUCAUUUCGGCAUAAACGUUUCAUCGAGUUCGCCGUUGUUUCACACCUGAACUGUAUAAUAGAACUAAAAGUUGCACUGUAUGAUAUAAAAGGUCAUUUGAUUUAUUAUAUGUAAUAUGUCAUUAUACGAUUGAAUUUGUAUUUGUCAUUGAAUAAGCAUUUGAGCUAUACCGCUGUACAUAUAAUGUAUAUUGUUACUAGUAUAUCACUGUUUCAUGUAAAAAAAUGACCAACGCUUGUACUAUAUCGCUACACAAUUUAUAUUGUAAGUUGCAUUUUAGGCCGGAGGCCUUUCGCUGCAAUUAAACUAUGUUAUUUGUUGAUUCCAUGAUCCAACUGCUGGGUCUGUGUCAGUGUUUACAGGCCAUUGAGUGGGAUUGUUAUUCUUAGUAACAAUCGACAAAUUCUGAACAAGAAACAGUUUUAAAUAAAUGCUACUACAGUUGAAGCUUAUUUAUUAAAACUGAUUAGUUAGAUCUAGAUCUACUGAUUUCGGUGUGAUUUUAGUGUAAAACUAUAUACAGUUUUAUUCCAUUAAACUUCAAAACUUGUAGGCAAUGGACGACGUAAGUGUUUUUUGUUUUAUGUCGUUCUAUCAACCGAGGUCCAGAUGAAUUAUUGCUCAUAUUGUUUUUGCUUUAUAAUUCAAAGGUAUCUUUGUGGUAAGAAAUAAAAGAAAAAUAUAGUGUCCGAAUUUUAAACUGCAAAUAUUUCUUUA